UUCAUCCAGCCAAAGACUGUCUGCAGACUCAAACCCAACAUGAGUUACAUCACUGCCAUCGACGUGUCUCUGAACGAGGGUCAGGAGGAAAUGCUACGUGGUAAUGGCUACAUCCAAAACCCUGUUAAUCUGGAGAAAAGAUCCUCAGCAAAUCCAAUCUAUCUCUGGUACAAAAGAGGCAGCAGUCCAGGCAUAACCAGGGUUCAGCUCUCAUUGUAUGAUGCCAUGACUAAGGGCCUGAAGCAAGCAGGGUACCAGAUGAUCGACAAAGACCUGAAUUCUCGAUCAGGAGGAACCGCCAUCUACCUGUGGUAUUGCUGUGAUUCCACAGGAUUUGACGCUCCCAUCGUCGAUUUUUUUCUCUCCACAGAACCACAGGAAGAAGCCCAGCUGUUCAGACUUGGCUGGGAAAGGCUGGCCUGUAACCUGAACAGGAAAUCAUCAGGAAGCAGGAUCUACCUGUGGGUGAAGAGAGAAAGACCAAUGUAUCUCUGUGACAUCAAGGCCACUAAAGGUUUUGAUGCCGAUGCUGAGCUGUUCAACAACAGCUACAUCCGAAUAGAUGAGAAUACCAACAGAGGUGCAGGAGGGCCCCAAGUCUUCAUCUGGUACCGUCAGAAAGCUGAUAGCUCCAAGGCCAUCACUGAUCUGCAAGUCUCCACUAACCACAGCGAGUAUCAGCGUUUUGAACAUAGCGGGUAUAGUUUAGUGGAUCAGGAUCUGAAUGUUGGAACAGGUGGAGACCAGAUCAACCUGUGGUACAAGAGGGAUGGACACCAGGCCCCCAUCAAGACCGCCACUCUGAUCAUCGGGAGGACUUAUCUGCUGCCAUAUCAACGGGCCGGGGUUAAAGUCAUUGAUAAAAGCCUCAACACCGGAAACGAUGGGCCUAAGCAUUACCUGAGUUUUUAUCAAUGAGUGUUGUCAUGGUAACAGAGCUGAGCAUGCUAACUGAGCACUAUCACAUAAAUCUUUCUGUUUAAUCAGUUUGGUGGUUUUGUUUUUCUGUAGUAAUCAACAUUAGACUGUAUUCUCAGAAAUUUGAUUCAAUCACUAUUUGAAAAUAUGAGCUGUUUGACUUG